AUGCCGACCAGGAAGCAGAAGGAGGAGCCCGAGGAGGCCAUGAGCGCCUUCGAGCGCAUGCGGCAGGAGAACAUUGCACGUAACCAGAGCCUCCUUAAGGACCUGGCCCAGGUGUCGAAUAAGAUGAUGCCUGCCAAACCCAAGCCUGCUCCGAAGCCCCGAUCCGCGCCGGUCAAGAAAGAGGCUGUUGAAGCUCCCGCCGGCCCCGUCCGUCGCAGUGCCCGAGUCGCGGGGCUUGACGCCGACAAUGAGACGCUCAAACGCAAGUACGAGGUCGAGCUGGAGGAUCAAGCCGCCAAGGAGAAGGCGAAGAAGAAGCGUGUUGGUGGCACUCUGAGCUUGGGCGACAUUGCCGUCGAAGGGAAAAAGUUCAACAAGGGCAUCGAUGGCCUGGGUGCGCUGGUGCCUCGCGGCGCCCAACCCGGAGUCCCGACCUUCACUGACGAGGAUGUUGAAAACACAUCAGACAAGGAUCUCAAGGAUCUUCGGAAGAAGAUGGGGAAGCUCGAGCUGUACGACAAGUGGAUUCCCAACGACAUCAAGAUAUGCCCUCAACGGAUAUACGCGUCGACAUUCCAUCCUACCGAGGAGAAGGCAGUCAUCUUUGCCGGCGAUAAGGAAGGCGCCCUGGGUGUAUUUGAUGCUUCACAGGACGGGCCGCCGGAGAGUAACGACGACGACGAGGAAGAGGCUGAAUGGAAGGAACCCGAGAUUGGCGCUUACAAGAUCCAUGCGCGGACCAUUACGACCAUCAUCGUUUCUCCCUUUGACAACCAAAAGGUCUAUACGUCGUCCUACGACUCCACAGUCCGUGUCCUUGAUCUUGCCAAGGACAUGUGUGUCCCGGUCUGGGAACCCGCGGACAAGGAGGAGGAUGUUCCUCUGUCGGCCAUCGACAUCCCUUUGACUGACCAGAACCUCAUCUACUUCUCGACCCUGGACGGAGCCGUAGGUCGAGUGGACAUUCGAGACCCCAAGGGUACGGAAACAUGGUCGCUGUCGGAUAACAAGAUUGGCGGCUUUUCUCUGAACCCUCGGGAGCCGCACCUGCUGGCCACGGCCUCUUUGGACCGCACCGUCAAGAUUUGGGACCUGCGUAAGAUUACUGGCAAGGGCGAAAUGCGCUUCCCUGCGAUGCUUUACGAGCACAACUCUCGCCUCUCCGUCUCCCACGCCUCUUGGAGCCCCGGCGGGCACAUUGCGACAUCGUCGUACGACGACACCAUAAAGAUAUACAACUGGUCUGACCACGAGACCUGGGACUCGGAGGGCAUGGAGCCCGCCAAUAUCGUCAAGCAUAACAACCAGACGGGUCGGUGGGUGACCAUCCUGAAGCCCCAGUGGCAAAAGCGUCCCCAAGACGGCAUUCAAAAGUUCACUAUCGGCAACAUGAAUCGUUUCGUCGACGUGUACGCUGCCAACGGGGAGCAGCUCGCUCAGCUCGGGGGCGACGGCAUCUCGGCCGUCCCAGCCGUUGCUCAGUUCCAUCCUACGAUGGACUGGGUCGCCGGUGGCACAGCUAGCGGGAAGCUCUGUCUCUGGAUGUGA